AUGGGUAACUCCUCCCCGGAAGCGCCCUCUGAGCUGAUAAAUUUAGUCAGUGACGCCGCGUUGUCGCUAAGCGAAAUUAUCAACCACCUUCCACCUUCGCAAGCCCGACUUUAUAGAGGGCUCAAGAGGGGCUUUACUUAUCUUAUCCUUGAAAUCAAGUCAAACGAGAUCCACCGCGCCCUCCUUCACCGACGGCAACUAGCAGAACUUCUCAACGCCGUGGCCGGCUCGAUUAGCGAUAGUUUAAAAGAAAGUUCUGUGCAGGAUGCAUACCAGCGGGAAGUGUGUGGUCAAGGGAAGGACAAGUCUACGGUUUUCUCUUUUCUCUCGUGGAUGAGCUCUCAAAAGACUGAAGAGAAGUCGGUAGAGCUAGACAACAAAUGCAUAGGGUCUCCAUUUCCAAUAUUGGUGAUGUUUUGUGACCUCAGCCACAGCUCCACUUUGCAGAAGGUCGACUUGGCAGGCUUCCUCAACAAUGACAUACAGGUUCUUCAAAGACUCCUUGCCAUAAUCGGAAAAUGGAAUGAAGCGGUAGAUGCUAUUUUUGCAACUGACGGAUUGGACAUUGGCACAGACGAAGAUGACAAAAUCUAUCCGGAUUUCAGUAUUGACCUCACGUCCAUGUCAGGACCAACCAGUGUUCGUCGUCUUUCAACAGCUCUUCAUGAUGUAUUACAUAGCAACUGGCCAUGUAAUGUGGAUGAGCAUGAUCACAAUGGGAAGCUAGGUGAAUGCUAUGAAGCCAAUUUCUAUCUCGACCCACAUUGGACCUCUGGCAGUUUAACUAGUGAUGGAUUAUUUGUCGUUCUGAGGGGUCCAGAUCUACUUCAAGAAAGUCGUAUAUGUGUACAUGAUCCCAGCAGUGCUCUCGAAACCCAUACGCCUGCGUGUCUAACGCCUCAUGAAGACUCGCACCCAUUCUGCCUACAUUUCACAGUCGAUGGCGAAAGCCAAUUGUGGGAUCAGCAACAACUUGUUAGACCACUAGAAGUCUUUCACCCAGAGCAUGAUUACGUUGACCAGGACCUCCGAAAUCUAUUUAGCAGCUUCAGACCCGCUUACACUACCAAGCGAGUUUUGGGAGUCAUUUUAGCGCGGACAGUCCUCCAUCUCUUUGAAGGACCAUGGAUGAACAGUCAUAUGUCAAUAGAAGACUUUACCAUCUUUUGUCGACGUGACAACGAUCAAACCGAGCCUUCUUUUGAUAAACUAUUUCUGUCAACAAAGUUUCAGUCAGGUCUAAUUGCAAAUAGAUCAUCUAGACGUGGCUAUAGCGUCCACCCCUUUCCAACCAUUCUGGCAUUGGGCAUCGUAUUAAUGCAAAUUGAGUUGGCAGACGACCUGGAGGAUCUUUAUACAGAGCCUUGGUUUGGCACCUUAAAGCAUCGGCCAUUUGAUUUGGCCAAACAGUUGUUACAACAAUGCCAGCUGCGCCUACACAUGGGGACCGGCAUGGUCCGCGCGGCAAGAUUCUGCACAGAUCGCACUUCACUGGCUUCAUUUACUCGAUCCAACCCGGAUCUCUUAUUUUCUACGCACGAUUUUGCAAAGACCUAUUACCAAAAUAUAGUCAGGCCUCUAGAGGAGGACCUUGUCAGCGGGGCCAACUGGAGCUGGGCUGAGGUUCAGCAAUUGAAGCCCUUCGGUUCGGACAACGUAACCUAUCUCAAGGUCAAAUCCCAACAGGCCCCUUCAGCGGUUCGACCAAAAUAUCCUUGUGAAACAGGUGGAUCUUACGUCCAGAAUUUCAAGCAUGGCUUCCACAAACCUGCAAGCAGAUUAUCGACUUUAAGCGACGAUCAUGUCGGAGAACUUUCUGCCACACACGAUGAUAUUUCAAGAGGUGACACCUUCAAUUCUGUAUCACUUCACUCAUUGAAACACUCGGUUGCCUCUGAGCAUGUACCUGCCCGCGAUGAAAGUAUAUACAAUCAAACAAUGCUCCUCGACCACACUGCCCAUGGCCGAUUCCCAAAGAAGCCACAAAACAGGGAUGAGUUCGAGAUUGCAAUCAUUUGUGCUCUCCCAAGGGAAGCAGAUGCUGUCAUUUCAAUAUUUGAUCAAGUUUGGGACGAAGGCUACUAUACAUACGGAAAGGCUUCCAAUGAUCCAAAUUCAUAUACAGCCGGUGUCAUAGGUGAUCAUAACGUGGUGGUCGCGCACCAACCACGCAUGGGAAAGGCAAAUGCAGCGACGGUUGCAUCAAAAUGUACUAUGAGCUUUACGAAUGUCAAACUGGCGUUUCUCGUCGGAAUAUGUGGCGGCGCGCCCCGACAUGCGGAGAAUAACGAAGAAAUCCUGUUGGGAGAUGUCGUCAUUAGCAAGGGUGUUAUCCAGUACGACUUUGGAAGGCAAUACACUAGUCAGAUGGUACGCAAAAUAUCCAAUGCGGAUCUUCUUGGCCGACCAAACCCCGAGGUCGGAUCGAUCCUUGCCAAAUGUGAAACAGUAUAUCACAGGACAUCCCUUGAAAACAAUGUCUGGGAGAACCUGGAUUCUCUGGAUCAGGAUUCCCUCUGUUACCCUGGGCCAGAUACAGAUCAAUUAUUUCCUGCGUCAUACCAUCACCAACAUCGGCAUUUCUCACUGUGUCAUACGUGCUGCAUGACUACGGAUGGCACCACUUCAGUGUGCGAAAAAGCCAUGGUCUCUUCUUGCGAGGUUCUCAAAUGCCAUGAUGGUGGAACUUCGUUUGUCGCUCGCUCCCGAAAGAACCAGAGAAACCGGCCAAAUGUUCACAUCGGCUUAGUCGCAUCUGGAGACUCGGUCAUGAAAUCCGGGAUCUUGCGAGAUAGACUUACCGAUGAGACCAAAGCAAUUGCCUUUGAGAUGGAAGGGGCUGGGGUGUGGGGUAACUUCCCCAGUGUUGUCAUUAUCAAGGGCGUAUGCGACUAUGCAGAUAGCCACAAAAGCAAAGGGUGGCAGAUUUACGCGGCUUCAACUGCUGCUGCGUGUAUGAAGGCUUUUAUCAGACAUUGGGAUGUUCCGUCGAGGUGA